CACUUUCCUACAGAUAGCCACAGGUUGCUGUUUAGAGUGCGGCGCAGCACAGGUGUGACUGCAUAUGAAUGAGAGUGACUCUGCCUGUUAAUCAUCAGCCUGGCACAGGCAUAAAUUCCAGCCUUUUUUUCUUAGACAUUUGACUGAAGCUUUGUCUGCUUGUGCAUGUAUUCCAGCUUCAUUUUAGGAGCUCUUUUGGACUUUCUGAAUUAGAUCCGAUUAGUUAUAAUAAGGCAGAUUUUAACUGUGCAUUCACCAACAGUCAGCACAAUGAAUUUUGAUGAAAUCCUCUCUGUUAUCGGAGGCUUUGGGAAGUUCCAGAAGAUCUUAUAUGUGUGGAUCUGUCUACCUCAGAUCUUUCUGGCAUUCCACAUGCUGGUUUCAGUCUUCACCGGGGCAGUCCCUCCUCAUUUAUGCCGCUUUCCCGGGCUCUCAGCGGGGACUCCAGCCUCUUCAAACUUCAGCCUUCUAACCACCCGUGAUGGACAACUUGACCUGUCCUGCACCGUCCCUUUAAACCACAGCAGUGCUGAAUCUCUUGGCAAUGGACAUCCUACCCGGAGGAGCUGCCCGGACGGCUGGGAGUACAGCACAGAGACAUUUCAAAACACUAUAGUAACUGAGUGGGACCUGGUGUGCGAUAAUGCCAGCCUGAACAAUGUGGGCUCAUCUAUCUACAUGUUUGGCCUUCUUGUUGGAGCGGUUGUGUUUGGACACUUGGCUGAUAAAUACGGUCGCAGGAUAAUUAUCCUUGUCAACCUAGCUAGCCAGGCUAUCUUUGGAGUCGCUGCUGCUUUCGCACCUAAUUUCUACAUCUACACUGCCCUUCGCUUUAUGGUUGGAACAUCCAUCUCUGGUGUUAUCAUGAAUGCCUUUGUCCUUGGCACAGAAUGGACCGGAUCAAAACAGAGGAUGUUGGCGGGUAUAAUCACAGACUACUUCUUUGGCUUUGGCUACAUUUUUCUGGCCGGUGUGGCGUAUCUCAUAAGAGACUGGCGUAAACUGCAGUUGGCUAUAUCCGCACCUGGCUUCCUCUUUAUUUUCUACAUCUGGGUUUUGCCAAAGUCUGCUCGCUGGUUAAUGGCCAAUGACAGGACAGAAGAAGCAUGGAAACUGAUCCAGAAGGCAGCGCAGAUAAACGGGAAGCCCCUCAUUAAAGACCUGGAGAUGUGUCAGCAGGUCUGUAAAACCGAAGAGAAAACUGUAGCGAAGAACAAACACUCGUUCCUUGACCUUGUUCGAACACCAAGAAUGAGGAAGCACUCUCUGAUUGUCUUUUAUCUGUGGUUUGUCAAUGUCCUCGUGUACUAUGGCCUGUCCCUCAACAUUUCUGACUUUGGAAUGAAUAUAUACCUGACUCAGAUGAUUUUUGGUCUGGUUGAGAUGCCUGCGCGCACAAUCACCCUGUUCACCCUGAACCGCUCCCGUAAGAUCUCCCAGCUAGCUUUCUUAGCAGUUGGAGGCACUGCCUGUCUGCUCACCAUCUUCAUCCCCGAUGAUUUGUCUGUCGUCAGAACGGUCUUGGCCAUGAUUGGAAAGUUUGGAAUCACAGCCUCUCUGUCUAUUAUUUAUGUGUAUUCUGCUGAGGUGUUCCCCACUGUUAUAAGACAAAAUGGGAUUGGUAUAGGCUCUAUGUGUGCUCGCACUGGUGGCGUCCUGGCUCCCAUGAUGUACCUUCUGAGGGGGGUCAGUCCUCACGCUCCCAUGGUUCUGUGUGGCCUCUGCCCCCUGCUGGGUUCAGCCCUCACAAUGCUACUUCCUGAGACGGCCAACAGGCCGCUGCCUGAUAGCAUUGAAGACGUUGAGGGAUCCAAUCACAGUGAGGAGGACAGCUGUCUUAAGCCAGCCAUCUUCAAUACUUCUAUGAAGAACAUCAACAUCUGCAACACCAGUAUGGACUGAAACACAACC